AUGGAUGAUGGCACCUUCGGCAUAUUCUCAUACCUAGUUAACCUGUUUUCGUACCUACAUCAAUCACUCCUAAACCUCAUAUUGCAGCCUUUCGGCUUUUUCUCCUGCAUAAUCUCCCUUUUCAUAGAGAACAUCUCAUCUGCAAGCCCAAGUCUGGACGGCCUCGAAUCUAAUAACACUUCCAACUUGCCAAAAGACCCCCCAACAUGUGAAACGUACACGGUGCGUCUACAACCUCAGCAUGAUUUGGAUACCUUAGGAGUCGGAGCGUCUGGCCAAGUCUACACUGAUGGAGACCAAAUUGUUCUUAAGACUUGUCGAAUUUUCGCACCACCUAGCACUGAUGCCUCUCGAAGCGACCUUUGGCAUUAUGCUUCGGAUACACUGUUUCUUUUCAAUUUAUUGAAAGAUGAGCGAACCGUCUUGCAAUUGCAGCAAAACAACCCACAUCCCCACAUUAUAAAAGCUACCAAUACCAAUCAGCCAGAGGGGACUAUAUCUCCGCAAAUAUCGACGCCUACCUCUAGCCGCAUCAGGUUGUACCACGAUAUUGCCGAUGCUCUACGCCACCUCCACAGCCUCGGUAUUGUACACGCAGAUGUAAGGGUUGGUAAUGUGCUUUUUGAUGACUGUCUUUCGGUCAUUCAUUGUGAUUUCAGCGCCGCUAGCCCUUGCGGCCAACCAAACCUAGUCUUUCCAGAUCUCCCACUUCUGGUUAAUGGUCCCUCGCCUGUUUUGUCCGGCAAGUCCGAUACGUUUGCACUAGUUCGCUCAUGUUUCACUUGGAGCACGGAUUCACACCUGAAUUGUCACUCGAGAACGGCAGACUGA